AUGGGCCGGAAAGCUGCACCACAGCCGCUCUCGCUGGCGGAGACCACGCGGCCCAGCGAAGCUUCACGACCAGGUGAGACGGUCCCUCGUUCCGCGCGCCUCCCAACCGAAGCCGCCUCGCCCCGAUCGCCACGCUCGCCCUUUCGACCCGGCCAAAACAAAAUCGACAUUUCGACCAUUGGAACACCUCAGCCGAUUGCUGGGGUUUUACAGCAGCCUCGAGAUCCGUUGGAACAACAGCAAGAGCAGAAGCGACAACAGGGGCAGCAGCAGCAGCAGCAGCAGCAGAACCGGCCGGACCAACCCCGGGCUUCGCCUCAGCCUUCGCCAAGGGAGCAAUCUUGGGACCAACAACGGCAGCAGCAGCCACAGCAGCAGCAACAACCGCAACAACAGCAACAACCGGGCCACAGACAUUUGCGGCGCGGUGAAGACAAAGCGUCCAAAUCGGGAUUUUUUUUCAACUUUGGGAAAGGAACAAGUAAGCCGCCUGACCGUCCCAUUGCGCACCAGCACUCCAAUUCCCGCGCCGAAGCCAUGUCAAGAGACUCGGACCGUCCUGGGCUAUCGAAGCAAGCUACGAAGCAUUCGGACCCGUCCCAGCAAGACCUGUCAGUACACAAAUCGAACUCGCCGGUUCCGUCCAGAUCGGAAAUUUCGUUGGCCUCGACAGUAGACUACGACAGCCAGGGAAAUCCGACGGGCUCUUCGAAGAGGUCCAAGCCCAAGCCUUUCAACCUGCUCAGUCGUACUCGGUCGACGAAAGAGAAAGACUACAAAGAAAGCCCGAGCCCGCAAGAGUAUAUCCCGCCCCUCGCACCAACGCCCGCGAAGAUUGCCGAGUCUGAGACGCCGUACGGUCCGGGUAACGCUCCGAGGACGGCUCCGCUUCAGUCACGCGACCGAUCGUUCCGGGACAUGAUGUCCUCCGCCGUGAGAAAUCACUCGGCCGAGAGGUCCCAAGCUAGAGAUGCUGGCGGAAGGCCAGUGGGCCGGGGCACUCAGCAAGGGGAACAAACAACGUUCCCCCCGACACCAGGAGGCGCCUUCUUCAGCAAUCUCAAGCACAGCAGGGCAGCAGGCAUCAUAAGUAACCGCCUUUUCGGCGGCAGCUCGAGGCAUGAGCUACCUGUGGUCAGGGAGCCGACGGUGGAUGAUGAGCACUAUGUUCUGAAGGUCAUCAACAUGCCUCUUGUCGAGCAGACACGCCUCACGAGGAUAUCGAAGAGGCUGGAGGAUUCCCGCGAUAAGACCGAGUUUUGGAUGCCUGCUUUCCCCUGGAGGGCGAUCGACUAUCUCAACUACAAAGGUAGCGAGGUUGAAGGCUUGUACCGUGUUCCAGGGAGUGGGCCGCAGAUCAAGAAAUGGCAACGUAAAUUUGACGAAGAGCUGGAUGUUGAUCUCUUCGAGGAGCCAGACCUUUACGACAUCAACAUCGUUGGGUCUAUGCUUAAGGCGUGGCUACGUGAACUCCCCGAUGAUAUUUUCCCGAAGGAUGCGCAAGAGAGGGUAGUGAGGGAGUGCGCAGGGGCGGAGAAGGUACCGCCACUUCUUAUUGAGGAGUUGUCGAACUUACCGCCCUUUAAGUACUACCUUCUCUUCGCCAUCACCUGCCAUCUAAGUCUUCUCCUUGCGCACUCGGACAAGAACAAGAUGGACUUCCGCAAUCUGUGCAUCUGCUUCCAGCCGUGCAUGAGGAUAGAUUCCUUCUGCUUUAAGUUCCUGGUUUGCGACUGGCGCGAUUGCUGGAAGGGCUGCAAAAACGAAGCCAAGUAUAUUGAGGAGGAGUACGCGCACUUCGACCAGCCGCCGCCGAAAGUGUCGGGGGGUGAGAUCAAGAGGAGCGCAAGCACCAACGAGGAGACCAAAGCCGAGGUUCGCACUGUUUCGUCUUCGGAUAGCGGCAAGAGCCCGAACAACGGGGCGACAGAGCCGAAGGCGCGGAUUAAAAAGAAGCCUGUGCCCGGCUCUCCCGAAAACGCCGACACGAACUCGACUGUCUCGACGACACUCACUGUGGCUAGCGAACGAGAAACACCGCCCAGGAAGUCAGGGGACAUGCGCCCCUUGUCGCCCAUCAAGCCAUUGUCACCCCUGAACUUCUAA